UUCAGCAGGGGUCGCCCUCUCUCCGGCUGAGUAUGGGUGUGCUGUGUGUUAUUUGAAGAGAAAAAGAGUUCGGCGUGGGUUUGGGACGUUUCUGUGUGAUGGGGAUGGAUGUGGACACUUGAUAAAGUUCUCAGAGCUCCGUUUGAGGAGAGAAUAACAACACGCCAACAAGUGUCCAGGCUUUACAUCCUCUCAGCAGGCGAGUAAGAGUUUUAAAAUAACCCCCACUGAUGACAGCAGCUUGUAUGUCUGCAACAUUCAACCCCCGUUUGUUCUUCUAAAACUAUGCGUAAUUUUGAGAUGACAGUGCGUAAAAGUGCGCGUUUCUACGUUGCGCACCUCGCCCUCUCCUCGUCCUAUCCUCAUCUUCAUCUUCAUCGGAUCUAGAGAACGAGCAGCAGCCGUCAAACCAUCUCAACAACAUGGCUGAGCUGCGACCCGCCCGGUGCUGGAGGACGGGCUUCUUCUUCUGUGUCUGGCUGCUCCUCUUCCUCUCCGUAGCCUCCGGGAGUCCUGAUAUUGUGUCGGGGAGCAACGAGACGUGGCGGGGUCCAGCCGGAGACACGCCGGAGGACCCCCACCACCAAACUAACUCCACCACUCACAAGAAGGCUUUCCCCGUCCUCUCCUUCAACUACCAGGACGUCAGGAAGCCCUUCGUGAUCUCUCUGUGGAUCCUGCUGGCCCUGCUCAUGAAGCUCGGUUUUCACAUCAUUCCUAAUAUAUCCAACGUGGUCCCGGAGAGCUGUCUGCUGAUUGGCGUAGGUCUGCUGGUGGGCGGGAUCAUCAAAGCCAUCGGAGAGGAAGCCCCCGUCCUGGACACCAAGCUCUUCUUCCACUACCUGCUGCCCCCCAUCAUCCUCGAUGCCGGCUACUUCCUGCCCAUCCGGGCCUUCAUGGAGAACAUGGGCACCAUCCUGGUGUUCGCCGUGGUGGGGACUCUGUGGAACGUCUUCUUCAUCGGGGGGAUGAUCUUUGCCGUGUGUCAGAUUGAAGGCGUGCAGCUGGCCGGGGUGGACCUGCUGUCCUGCCUGCUGUUCGGAUCCAUCGUCUCCGCCGUGGACCCCGUGGCCGUCCUGGCCGUGUUCGAGGAGAUCCACAUCAACGAGCUGCUGCACAUCCUCGUGUUCGGGGAGUCGCUGCUCAACGACGCCGUCACCGUGGUUCUGUAUCACCUGUUCGAGGAGUUUUCUCACGCAGGAACUGUGACCGUGUUGGACGGCGUGCUGGGGGUCGUCUGUUUCUUUGUGGUUUCACUGGGGGGGGUCAUGGUGGGCGCCAUCUACGGCCUCCUGGGGGCCUUUACCUCCCGCUUCACCGCACACACCCGGGUCAUCGAGCCCCUGUUCGUGUUCCUCUACAGCUACAUGGCUUACCUCUCUGCGGAGGUCUUCCACCUGUCUGGCAUCAUGUCGUUGAUUUCAUGUGGCGUAAUGAUGCGGCCGUACGUGGAGGCUAACGUCUCGCACAAGUCGUACACCACCAUCAAAUACUUCCUGAAGAUGUGGAGCAGCGUGAGUGAGACGCUCAUCUUCAUCUUCCUCGGUGUUUCCACGGUGGCCGGUCCUCACGCCUGGAACUGGACCUUCGUCAUUUCCACCGUCAUCCUCUGUCUGGUGUCCAGAGUGCUCGGAGUCAUUGGCCUCACGUGCAUUAUUAAUAAAUUCCGUAUCGUGAAGUUGACCAAAAAGGAUCAGUUCAUCGUGGCCUACGGUGGCCUGCGAGGUGCCAUCGCCUUCUCUCUGGGGUUCCUGCUGACCGACAACGAGAGGAAGAACAUGUUCCUCACCGCCAUCAUCACCGUCAUCUUCUUCACUGUCUUUGUGCAGGGAAUGACAAUCAGGCCUCUGGUGGAGCUCCUGGCCGUGAAGAAGAAGAAGGAGAGCAAACCAUCCAUUAAUGAGGAGAUCCACACACAGUUUCUGGGUCAUCUCCUCACAGGAAUUGAAGACAUCUGUGGUCAUUAUGGACAUCAUCACUGGAAAGACAAGCUGAACCGCUUCAACAAGACCUACUUGAAGAAGUGGCUGAUCGCAGGCGAGCGCUCCACCGAGCCGCAGCUCAUCUCCUUCUACAACAAGAUGGAGAUGAAGCAGGCCAUGAUGCUGGUGGAGAGUGGGAGCGCCGCCAAGCUGCCCUCCAUCCUGUCCCCCGUCUCCAUGCAAAACAUUCAGCAGAGAGGGUCGGGCAAUCGACGGGCCAUUCCGAGUAUUUCCAAAAGUCGCGAGCAAGAGAUCCGGAAGAUUCUGCGAAGUAACCUGCAGAAGACCAGGCAGAGGCUUCGUUCGUACAGUAGACACGACCUGAUGAUCGACCCGUUUGAGGACAACGUGAGUGAAAUCCGAUUCAGGAAGCAGCGGGUGGAGAUGGAGAGGAGGAUGAGUCACUACCUCACAGUUCCUACAAAUCGCCAGGAAACACCGUCAGUGAGAAAAGUGUGCUUUGAACCAGAACAUCAGGUUUUCACCUAUGACAACAGUGAGAGCCCCCGGGGCCCGAGGGCUCGGCCAGACCCCGGCCCCCUUGAUGCCAUUAGCCUGGUGAGUGAAUCCCAGGGGCCCAAUCAGAGCCGCGAGCAGAGAGCCAAAGUGCCUGAGGAGCACGAGGAGCAAGACCAACUAAAACUAUCACGCUGCCUUAGUGACCCGGGGCCAAACCAGGAGGAGGAUCUCUCGUGAUGAAGUAUAUUCAACUUUCAUCAUGUCUUUGUUGUAUUUAAUGAGUGGAGAUCAAUGAAUGGGAGUCGUAGCAAAGCUUGAUAUUUAUGAAGUAUUAUUCUUUUCCAUGUUAUGUUUUUUUGAUAUGAGAUUAUAAAAAAAAGAUUUUAAUCAUGUAACAUAUUACCAAAGCAUGCACCACUGACUAUUUGCUAUUUCGGGACUUAAAUACAGCCUGAAGUUAGCAAAGGUUCACCAUUUUGUGUCUUAACAAACAGAUCUGCAUCAAAUAGAGCACUUGUUUUAACAAGCUUGAAGCACCAGAUGGGUGGAGGUGACCCCCUCAAAGCACAGUAUUAAGAGGGAUGAUGUUACUAUUACAGAUAUAUCAGUGUUGCCAUUUAUCUACGGAUGAGUAGCAAGAAAAAUCUGCACAGAAUUACCAAAGAAAUGUUUGAGGUGAACGAUGUUGUGCAAAUUGUACAAAGUUUGAUUUUGGCCGUGCUAGUGGCAUUGCUUUAAAAAUGUCAAACUAAAAUAUGUUAACAAGUACUUGCCAAAAAUCUUGUGUACAGACAUUCAUGUUCCCCAGAGGAUGAAUGCUCAUGACUUUUACUCUACUGCCAUUAUGAAGUUUACAUUUUCUGGGUUGUGUUUGAAAUACAUCGACCAAUAUUCAAUGGUUUGCCAUAAAAUAUCCUUUAGACAUUCAUGCUCCCUUUUAUAAUGAAUCUAAAUGACUUAAUUCCUUGUCUCAUUUACCUGCCAUCAUCAACUCGAUCUUUUAAAAUACUUGCACAACUAAAAUGUCCAUUACAUUUUGUGUUUAGUGCUUAUUAGCAAAUAUUGACUAAAAGGGAAACAUGGUAAACAUUAUAUCAUGUUAGAAUGAGCAUGUAGAGCAUAUAGUGUUUACCUUGUUAGCGUGUUAGCAUUUAGCUCAAAGCAAUGUUGGACACACUUACGCCUGCAUUAUUCUAAAAAACAGCUAUCUAACAAUGUUUUUUGUCAUCAUGUCACAUAAUCAUUUAAAAAUGGGGACACAUCCAGACAGUCUCUCUUAGAAAACAUUCAUAAUGUUACACUUUGUUGUGACAUUAAAUGAGAAGUAGUUUUUUUACUUUGUUAUCGUGUUAGCAUUUAGCUCAAAGCUAUGUUGGACGCUCCUAGGGCUGGGGUAUGCUUAAAAAGAACUAGCUUGUUUUUAGAUGUUCUAAAACAUUAUCAUUUAUAGAGGGGGAUAACGUCACACAUCAAGACAGUCUCUCCUAGAAACUGUUCAUAUUGAUGUAGCCUACUUUCACAUUAAAAGUGACAGAAGUAGUUUGACAAGAAUGAAGGAAGAGUGUUCAUACUGCAGUUCUUUUUUUAGCUCUGCCCAGCUGUCCAAAAACAGCAUGAGGUGGGUGUUAAUGUCAAAUAUUUCAUUUAGAAAGUUAGAAAAGUGUCACAGACCCCCAUGAAUAUGAUAUUGGAAAGGUGUGGGGGAAGAGGGAGUUUCCGAAGCUAGCAUCUGAUAAGCAGUUCAGAUGAGAUAUACUGCUGCAUUUGGUCUUUAUUUAACUCUGAAGUGUCCCAUUCUGGAUACAUCUUGUUGAAAUUCAAAUGUCACAUCAGUAAAAAAAACAAUUUGAGCAGAUGGUGCCCUAUCAAUAUCAAAAAUGUAAAAACUCUCAAAGAUUUACCUCAUAAAUUCUUGAUCGGACUAUAUGCUAUUGUGUCUAAAAACCUGCAAGAGGGUAUAUUCUUGUGUAUUGAAGUGUCCUUUAGAAAGCACAAAUCUGGUGAUCCAAGAAUAUUAAACGUCAAGAAUAAACUGCAGCAAUAUUGUUUGACCCAGGUCUCUGAACAAGAUUACUUCACAUCACAGCAUGACUGAUCAGUGUUUUCUCAGGGACUGCAACAAGACCCAGUAUUACCAGAUGGCCUUUGCAGAAAAAGUGUUACUGUCUACACAUUGUGCCCCUAUCGCCUCUAUAUUGUGACUGUUUGUAAACUGCAGUGUUUAGCUUCAGAAACAUUCCACAAGUAAUUGACUUUCUCAAUUUCCUUGUAACUAAGCUCGACAUGUGUCUGUUCCUGGUAACUGAGCGUGCUUAGGCUUUAAUUGGGAAGUGAAGAGAUGAAUCAUCUUCUCUGCACUGCCUGAGCUUUUGCUGCCUGCAUGAAUACCUUCAAAUGUAUUGCUUCCUGUGUGUUUCUCUGUUGUAGUAUUUUUAUAUUUUGAAGGUGGACAAUGAUCUGAAGUAUUGUAUAUUUGUCAAAUGAAGGAAAGCUUUCAUUCCUGUCUCAAAUAAAGAUAUGUCAUUGCUUAAGCUCAGUGAUUUGAAGAAGAA